AUGUCGCUUUGGACCAUAUCAGAGCCGGAGAGCGGAGACAAUGGCGACAAUUGGCAGCAGACUCCGGCCGUCAAGGGUUCGGACCCCGAUGAGCCUCUCAGCCCAGAUUCUCCCGAUGUAUCAUUCUAUCGGCGAAUACUCGUGCAGUCUCCGGCGUAUUUGUGGUUAGUCUCGCGUAUCCAUACUGAGGGAAGCCUCCAACCUGCGAAACCAGAUAUAAUGCGCGCAGAGAUCAGAGCACAGAUCUUGCAAACACUCGAAUCGCUGGCGACUAAAACCGAUGGCACACAGGCCCAAACAUUCACGAUCACUUUCGAGGUUGACUGGGAUCCAGUGAUGUUUAUACAAGAGCAGAAUUAUGAGUAUUCAGUGGAGGCAGUCCUUCCACGGGUAAUCGUUUUGACUGGAAACGCGAAUACCAACAACGUUCAAGCAAGUACGUGUUUACAGUACGUGGAACAGACUUGGCCUUACAAUGGUCACGAUAUCAUUCGUAUCCUUCAGGAUACCUUGGGCAAUCAAGUCCAGAUUGGCGAAUUUGCAGAAUCCCAAGAAAAGGAGCUCCCAGAUUCCGGUACACGGCUUAGCGCAAAGUACAUCGACAACAAGAUCAGCUUUACCGUAUCUGGGACUGCCUACUCGAUCGCUGAGGUCGGUGAACAGCUUGCGUGGCUAGGAUCUGCUCUCCGAUCCUCUCCAGAGAGCGAACGAUUGAUGCAUUGCACCCCAUUUAUCAAAAGCGCCUGGACUCCAUCACAUCAUCCGAAAAGCCCAGAGAGAUUUACCUCAACAUCAACCACCAAUUUGACCGGGAUUUGCAGGAUAGGAUUCGUUCUUGAGGAUCUGGCUCUAGAAGGGACAGUGAAUGGAAGUUGUUGGCAUCAGAUAAUGAGGAAUCCGGUUGUCGUGAAGGGUUAUCCCACCUUGCCUCGACUGAAGGAAGACUCUGGGCUUGAGAUUCCUCUUCACAUAUUAUCGGCCCUCGGAAAUGCACGGCGGAUAGUGGAUUUCUGUGGAAUGACUUAUCUCAAGGGGUUUUCUACGAUGUUUGCUGCCACGCACAGCGAAGCAAACACGACAUAUUGGCAUAUGGUCUGCAACCAGGAUCGGAGCUAUGUCUCUUUCGAAGACCCACGCGUUCCCCGAGACCAGUAUCUCACAGAUCUCGUCCCUGUUAGUACCUUGCAAGCGGGCCGACAUAUUCUGGGGUGGUGCAACAAUGUGAAGAAUCUGACAGGAACGUCAAAAGCCAACUACGAAAUUGAGUGGUCGGGUUCGGUGGCACCUCACCAGAGCUGCGCUUUUGAAAGAGUGUCCAUAUCAGGGGGCAAGUUUGUGAGUGCGGGCGCCACGUUCGCCAUAGGCAUGAAAGAUAAGGCCAUUCAUAUCGAUUUCGGAGAUGACUAUGUCGGAAUGCUAAAAGUAAUGGCGGAUAGGCAUUUCGUCUUCUACGAUGUGGAAGCCAAGCGAGCAUGGUUGGUUGACGGGGCCAGCGGGGUUUUACACUUCUUGAGAGCAUCCCUUCACGAUUUACGAAACGAUAGACGCCUAAGGAAGCUCUUCCAAUUCGACUUCGACAAAUUUAAGGAUGCGAGCUGUGACUCUAGCGGGGGAGAUGCAGCCUUUGAUGUUCUCUCAGAUGAGGAGAACAUGAGGCUGCCGCUAUAUCCGAAAAUGCAGAAGAUAUGGAAAGAGACGACCACGAAGGAAGAUUCACUUGGUGGGCUGCCAGCCGCAGAAAACGUGGAAAAGCGCAUGACAACAAGCGUAUGUCUUCGUGAUCGUGUUGAACAAAUCUGUCAUGUCCUGGCCCAGAUUACAGCUCACCAAGACGACGUUCACACACAAUCAGGGGUGGGUUUCCGUUUGAAGUAUACUCCUAGACGCCAACUCGAAGGCUUCGACUUUAUGGAUGUGGCGACUAACCAAGGCACACUAUGGCCUAAAGUCACCACCAUACAGGCAGUUGGGGAAGGCUGGAUAGACUUUACCCGAGCCGUACACGCUCUCGCCUUCUUUGGAGCCGGGUUUGGCGAGCUGUUCCAGCCCACGAAUCAAGGACAAUACAACUGCCGAUCCUGCAAAUGGAACGAAGGGCUCCCCAGAAAUAAAGACUACCUUGCCGUGCGUGUCGCCGAUAUUAAGGACAUCAUGAGGAAGAAAGGGACGAAGACGAGUCGUCCCUGGCGACUGGUUGAUGAUAUUUACUGGCAUGCACCGGAUGAACCUUUUGCAUACUGCGAGGGCUCGGAAAGGUGUGAGCACGACCGUGUCCAGGUCCUUCUGCCCGCAACCUUCCCGAAGUUGUACGGUCUGCAAAGCCCACGAGAACUCGCUGCCGACGGAGCGGUGAUUUUUGGCCACUGCUGCAAGUUCCCACUUCGCUGGGCGAGUCGCAAGAUACCAGAGAAGGCGGACGCGGAUGGUGCACCAAUGGAAGAUAUUACUAACACCCCGUUCUACGACCCUGGUCAUACUCGACUAGGCGAUAAUGGCUCGUCGUCCAACGCAACACCUGAUCAACCUACGAGCACGAGCUCCGACACUCCGGGCUCCUCCUCCCGCCUGCACAAGCGCCGACACAGGUCUUCCGGGUCGACUCAGACGUCGUCGAGUUCGGGACUGUACAACCACCAGAAUCAACAGUUUAUACGAUGA